CCCACAAGGCCGCGCAAGCCGCGGCGGCUGCCGGGAGUUGUAGUUCUCUCUGUGCGUCCUGCGUCCGCCGAGGAAGAGGGCGGAGCUGCCGGCGGCCCGGGCGGGCUGGCAGCUAGAGUCGGUGCGAGAGCCGCCUCCGCUGCUGCCGCUGCCGCUGCCUCCUCCGCCCGGGCCGUUCGUUGCUGCGCGGGGAGAGCGAGGCGGGGCCGCCAGGGCCGCCAUGGAGCCCGACUCGGUGAUUGAGGACAAGACCAUCGAGCUCAUGUGUUCUGUGCCAAGGUCUUUGUGGCUAGGCUGCGCCAACCUGGUAGAGAGCAUGUGCGCACUGAGUUGCCUGCAGAGCAUGCCCAGUGUCAGAUGUCUCCAGAACACUUCAGUUAUGGAAGAUCAAAAUGAAGAUGAGUCCCCAAAGAAAAAUACUCUUUGGCAGAUAAGUAAUGGAACCUCAUCUGUGAUCGUCUCCAGGAAGAGGCCAUCAGAGGGAAACUAUCAGAAGGAAAAGGACUUAUGUAUUAAAUAUUUUGACCAGUGGUCUGAAUCAGAUCAAGUGGAAUUUGUGGAGCAUCUUAUUUCACGAAUGUGUCAUUACCAGCAUGGACAUAUUAACUCUUACCUGAAGCCCAUGUUGCAGCGGGACUUCAUUACUGCUUUACCAGAGCAAGGCUUAGAUCACAUAGCAGAAAACAUUCUUUCCUACCUGGAUGCCAGGUCUCUCUGUGCAGCAGAGCUUGUGUGUAAGGAAUGGCAGCGCGUGAUCUCAGAAGGGAUGCUUUGGAAGAAGCUAAUUGAGAGAAUGGUGCGCACUGACCCUCUGUGGAAGGGACUCUCGGAAAGAAGAGGGUGGGAUCAGUACCUGUUUAAAAACAGACCUACAGAUGGCCCUCCCAACUCAUUUUAUAGAUCAUUAUACCCAAAGAUUAUCCAGGAUAUAGAGACUAUAGAAUCUAACUGGAGGUGUGGACGACACAACUUGCAGAGGAUUCAGUGCCGCUCUGAAAAUAGUAAAGGUGUCUACUGUUUACAGUAUGAUGAUGAAAAGAUUAUCAGUGGCUUACGAGAUAAUUCCAUUAAGAUCUGGGAUAAAACCAGCCUGGAAUGUUUGAAAGUGCUAACAGGACACACGGGCUCUGUGCUCUGCCUCCAGUAUGACGAGCGUGUCAUUGUGACUGGUUCUUCAGACUCGACUGUUAGAGUCUGGGAUGUGAAUACUGGUGAAGUUCUCAACACACUCAUUCAUCACAAUGAAGCUGUGCUGCACUUGCGCUUCAGCAACGGGCUGAUGGUGACUUGUUCCAAGGACCGUUCCAUUGCUGUGUGGGACAUGGCUUCUGCCACUGAUAUCACUUUACGCCGUGUCCUGGUUGGCCACCGUGCUGCUGUAAAUGUAGUAGACUUUGACGAUAAGUACAUCGUGUCUGCCUCUGGAGACAGGACCAUUAAAGUCUGGAGCACCAGCACCUGUGAAUUUGUUCGUACUCUCAAUGGGCACAAGCGAGGCAUUGCCUGUCUCCAGUACCGGGAUCGACUGGUUGUUAGUGGAUCAUCAGAUAAUACUAUCAGGCUAUGGGAUAUCGAAUGUGGUGCCUGUUUAAGAGUCCUAGAGGGGCAUGAAGAAUUGGUCCGAUGCAUCCGGUUUGACAACAAGAGGAUUGUCAGUGGUGCCUAUGAUGGGAAAAUUAAAGUCUGGGACUUGCAAGCUGCUCUUGACCCUCGAGCCCCAGCGAGCACAUUGUGUUUACGCACCUUGGUGGAACAUUCUGGACGUGUGUUUCGACUGCAGUUUGAUGAGUUUCAGAUCAUCAGCAGCUCCCAUGAUGACACUAUUUUGAUCUGGGAUUUCUUAAAUGUGCCUCCCAGUGCCCAGAGUGAGACACGCUCUCCCUCCAGAACCUACACUUACAUCUCCAGAUAACAGUCUGCACCCACCCGACAGGGUUUCCUGGUCUUGAACUACUGGCUACAUGGCUACCACAUGCCUAAGGGAGUUCGUUCAUAGCUGAGUUCUGGGGCUGGACUUGGUUCUAGACGCUGGGUAGAUGCAAAGCAGCCUCACUCUUCAAGCUCCGACAUUUCUCACUGCUGGCCCGGCUCUACUUGGAGAAGGGCACCUUAGCUCACCACUUCAAGUAGAACGAAGCUCAUUCCCUCCCUGUCAGUGCAAACCCUAAUGCUUCAAAUGCACAUUGUUCAUACAAAAGGAACACAUGCUGUCUGUCCUGCAGAAGCAAUCGACCGUCAAGAGAAGACUUGGCCUCUAAUUUAUAUUGCUUUGCACUUUGGUCUGAUACUAAAAACAGCAUUCUUCAGUGAAACGUUGGGUGCCAAACACCUACCCAGAGUGUCCAGGGCUUUCCUUCAAAAGCCAGCAUCCCCUUUAGACCUUCUCAGACACUAUUGAGUUCUGCCUGUGUUAGGAAUGUGUGGGACAAUGGGAAAAUCUCCCGGAUUGUUUUAAUAUUUUUGGAUUACACUUUCUGUACUGGUUUCUUUUAAUUUAAAGAAUAAGCCAGUUAUAUUAUCUUUCCACAGGUAAUAUAGCUAUUUUCUUUUAUUAAUUGUUCUCUGUUCCCCCACCAUUCCUCAAUAUUUGAUAGAGUAACACCUUUAUCCACGUGCUUGCCUCCUAAUUUAAAAUACUGUUUCCGCAUGUAGAUAUAAUGUACAUAACAAUUCAAGCUCAAGGUUGCCGGAACCGGGCCCCCUGUGUCUGAGACACUAAUAUGAGUGUGUUCGCACCUAGCCACAGGUGGGCCCAAGAACCUGACUCCAAGGUUGCUGUGAUUACCUAGAAACCUGCAGUAUUCAUUCGGGGUUUUAUUUUGUUGCUGUCAUUGUGUGUAUUGUGUGUAUUUUUAAUGGGAAUCUUGUUUGAAGAUGUAACCAGGAGUUUAACACGUUUUAUUUGUUGUACAGCAUUUGCAGUGGACAGGUACCUUCACAGUCUCUGCGUCGCUGAUCUUUUCCUCAUGAGUCCCGUCCCUGUCCCCUGUCUCCCCCAACACUUCCCCGAAAACUAAUGGUCACCUCUUUUGGUGGUCAUUGAGUUGUCUCUCCAAGCUGGAUUUCUGUGUGGUAGAAAUGCUGAAACAGGGCGAAGAAGGUCCUGUUGACGGGACUCCUUGACCCUGGGCUCCUGCGCUCUGGUGAGGUGUUGGGGGCUGCUGGUGAGUUGGAGCCUGCGGAGCUGGUCAGCUGUUCAGAGCUCACUCUGAGGGUCAGGCUCUCUCUCCUGUAUGGAGCACAGCCUCAGGUCAGAAUCCCAUCCCUGUCAGCUCCAGUGUCACCCAUUACUGUGGUUCUCAAAGCCCCCCAUUGGGAGUGGUGCAUGGACAGGAUACUGGUUGGCACCAGAUUCCCUCUUCCAAUAUUAGAUUUUGAUUUGUUUCCAAAGAUCAAGGAAUGUCAGUACCAUUUAGAGGACCAAGCCCUCCCUGUGAUGAAGCCUCUUCCCAUGGAAGCAUAGUCUACGACUAAAGAGGACUCGGCCCUGCCUGUCCUUGGCUUGAAACACCCUGGGAUCAAUGUGGGGGGGGGUGAUCUGUUUACUGGGUUGGCUUUGCUUUUUACUUUUUAUUUUUUUGAUAUAUCCUUCUUACAUGCUUCUAAAUUCUGUUUCUGAGAGGUGGAGUCUCAUAGUGUAAAGAAAGUAGAGUUCUGUCCAUAAGGAGGGUGGGAACUUGACAGUGGUGGUGACUGUCCCUCAGCUUCGGCCACUCCACCUCACAGCUGAUCACCCACCUGGCAGGAGCGCCCAGUGGAAGGGAGGGGCGGGAAGGAGGGGAAUUCUGAACCAUUGGAUUUUUCUGUUGUUUUUGCAUGUUUAAUAUAGAAAUUCCUCUGGCUCCGUGGGAAAUCAUGGCCUUUGAAUAUGCACACAACCUUUGAAUUGUGCCUACUGAAUUAUAGCAGGGGACUUUGGCACCUGAGGAGUUCCAACUCGUGGGGAUUACAAAAGUAAUUCUCCACGUACUCUGGACUUUAUUUUGCUAACCAUAAUUGAGCAACUGUAAAUUACUGCUAUAUUAAUGUGUUAAAGCACUGGGAUAGUGUAAUUCUAACUUGUAAUUAAUUAUGUUUGCCAAUUAUCUGUUUGAAAUAAAUUUGUGUCUGAACAGCUAUUGGAACUGUUAAAUUGUACAGAUAUUAUUACGGCUUUGUACUGUGGAAUGUGCUUAAUAAAAAACAAGUUUGACCUUUGUCCAAUAAAUUGCUAAGUAAUGUCAAUAAAUGAAGUAUGAGUAUUAUGCAGUACACCUAACCUGGCUUUAUGCAAUUGUUACUUCAGCUACUAAUUCAAAGCCAAUACUCUUAAUAAAGUGUUGCAAUACUC